AAACUUGUGCUUUCAUUGUCUUGGUAAAAUAUAAAACAGCAUUCUAGAUGAGAAGUGUGAUGACAAAGUUACAACACACACUCGCGGUUUUAGAAGUUCCACCCUAAAGAAGACAGGCUAAAACUCAGAAAAUGUUGAGCGAGGAAGCAUCCAUAGAUCUAGAAGAGAAAGAAGAUCCAGAGCCCGAAAGCUACGAGUCAUGCGAAGAGGAGCAAGUCCUGUAUGCAGCCAAGGUGCGCCUAUCAAAGCUGGAAUCAUCAAACUUGACUUGCAGUGUGAAUAACCCCGAGUUGUAUGAGCAAUACAAAGCAAUGGCGCCCAAACUGCUGGCAGAGCUCUCCUGCCUACUGGCAAUGUGCCGAAGACUUGGCAAGCGUGUGCCGCAGGGCAUCAAAAAUGUCUUUGAGUUUACAUGGGAGGAACUCAGUAUGCUGCCUCCUAGAACCCCACCUUCUAACUCCUUCAUUCCAGUCAUCAGUCUGGGACCUGCCUUACAGUACUCACCCUCGCUUUCUUCGGUUGGCCUAACCAAAAAAGUGGAAACCGUGAGUUCAGCAUCCAGUCCUACCAAUUCUGCCCCCUACUCCGAAAAUCAAGAGCUCCUCUUUAAAUUCCAGCAGGGAGCUAUCAAUUUGCUGACUGAACUCCUCACGUUGAAACUGAAGGCCUUGGUUGAGCCUGCAGCCGGUCCUAGUGCCAAGGAUAUUACCAGACGAUUUAUUCAGGCGACUCAAAUCCUGAAUUUGAGGAAGAAGACAGAGGAACACAGGUUGUCUACAGUCAGAAAAAAAGGGUCCCAUUUUAGUAUCCUCUCUUCACCUCAUGGCCCAUCUCACCUUAUCUAUCAGACCUCUUCAACCUGCUUGAGCGUUACCCUCUCCUCGAAGGGAAAGAAGAAGAAAUCAUCAGUUGGUGACUCUCACUGGGCAUCCAACUUGGGAGAAAUCUGGCAUUUCUCUUCCAUUUCGUUUAAGCCUCCAAUUAACCUACCCAAUACCGAAAACUUGCAAUGUACCGAUCCUUGCCCCGAGGCCCGGAAAAUGCUGCAGGAGAUGUGUCAGAAAAUAGAGAAAGAGAAGGCUUCAUUAAAUCAGAAGAGCUUCCCCAAGCCUGUGAUUCUGCAAAACUAUUUUCAACACAUGCCUCUGAGGAAACAUUCAGUUCCCAAAGAGGAACAUAAUGUAUCUGUGGACCUGAAGACAUUAAGGAGCCUCAAGUUCUAUUACAGCUUCUCUGAUGGAACCACGUUUGUUUAUUAUCCUUCAGGAAACGUGGCUGUGAGUCAAAUUCCUACCUGCUGCUCAGGGAGAUUGAUCACCUUCAUAUAUGAAGAUGCUCCAAGCUUUGCUCUUUUAGCUGUCUUCACAUCGGAAGGCCUGGCAAAUGUCCAGUACAGUUUCACAGAUCAGCCGAUUUUCUAUCCACGAGACAGUACUUCUUCUCAAGGUUCACAGCUUCUCAUGGUCCAUGGCUCCAUCCCCACCAACAACAGCUUUCCAUUUGCGGUGAUGAUGGAUUUCGAAGGAGGGACUGCAAGGGAUAGUUAUGGACAAGUGACCCACUCAUGGAACUGGGCUUCCAAAAUGCACACUUUGCAGACUUUGAAGUUUCAGCUGAAUGAACAGCUGACGCUGAGAGUCCUCAAUCAAAAAAGCAUGACUCUGACCUUUAAGUGCCUGGGAGAAUCUGUGACUCUGUCUUUGUCAGCAACAGAUUGCCCUCACGGAGUCUCUCUGGAAAAGCAGGUCCUUAUAAGAAACAGAAGCUUUGAAAUAAAAAAUAAUCUACUGAACCGAACACUGACAGCAGUUAAGAAGCAGUUUCAGAAGACAUUGAAGCAAUUUAUAAAUUGUAUUUUGAAGGCUGCAGGUCUCCUCACCAUAAAAUAUCCAGUGAAGGAUGAAAUUGACCUAAGCAAGUUCAAGAAGAAAGAAGUGUCACAUCUGGAAUGGGCCCGUAGGAAACCCUACUUCCCAGGGUUUUUACCGUCAAGGCCCGAAAUCCCUGUUGAGCCCUCAGCUCUCCAAAGCCCUGUCAGGAAGAAAAGCCUCUCACCCCAGCCCCAGCUCAGAGCCAGUUCAAAUAUCUUGCCCAUCUUGGAAAAGGCCACCAUCCCUACCCAGGCAGCGUCUUCAGACUGCCCUGUAGUGCUCCGGAAGAUCAUACGCAAAGAGGAUAUCAGUUCAGGCUGCAAGUGUUUAGUGAAAAUGCCUAUUAUCACUGACUUGGAGUUUGAGAAGUUUAUCUCAGCCCCCAGGGAGUCCAGCCAAAUCUUGGUGAUCUGUGUGCUGGCUUCCCAGAAACCUGCUUAUUCAUUAGCAUUGGAGUUGAUUUUCGAAGACCUGUAUGUUUCAACACAGUUUGGGCGUUCCUCCCCCUGUAUUCAGAGCAAACAUGACCCUUACCGCCUGUUGAAAUAUGACUUGGACAACCAACUGGAAGAUAAGCCACCACUGUUGUUACAGAAGCAUGCAGUAGUCCCUGGGAUGGUUUUGAUCUUUGCUAAUGGGAAGCUCCUCUUUGGAAGUAACAUUUUGAACGGAUAUGGCUGGAGCAAGAAGCACCUGCUUAAACAGAUUGCCCGGUCCCGCCAGGAUUGCCAAAUGGGUCGCUACCUUCCUGACGGAUUCAAUUUUAGCACCCUUUCCCCAUUUAUGCAGCGCUAUGAUAAAUGGAAAAGCCUCAGAGGAAUCAAACCAAUUUCAGAUCAGCAUUCUACAGUCGACCAGGAGAGGCCUUUAGCCAUUGGGUGGAGCAAGUCUUCCUUGGGACCUAUGGAACAGAGUUUAAGUCUAAGAAAAAUGAGCAUGCUGAAGGAGCUGGAAGCCCAACCCAAGUGCCUUCCAGAAUCUCCUCAGGAGCUUCCAGCAGAGAUCUCCUUCCAGUCUGUUCCCCAGAAGAAGAAACAAGCUCAUAAAAAGUCAGGAAAACCUCGAAAGAAAAAAGUACGGACAAAGAAAUCCUAAGACCACCACCAGUGGAAAGAGCUGUUUCAUCAGCUCUCCCCUCCUUUAUCAUCAGUGUUGGUUGGAUGAAAUUCGAAAUAGUGCAGUUGUAAUUUUUGACAGCUGUUAGCAAUAAACUCGCGCUCAUA